AUGUCCAACAACCGCAACUGGUUCAUCAUCAUCGAUCUAUAUGGGGGUGCCAACUCGGCCAUCACAAAGGUGCCCAGCAACGAAACGGCCUAUGCGUUUCGCGAUCCCAACAAUCACCUCUUUCUUUACGAGUUUUACGACCGUGUAAACUUUGGCUCCUACCCAUCAAAUGGGUUUGAAAUUUUGGACGGCUGGGUCAAGAGUUUCACCGAUGGGCUCACCAGAGACCAAUGGGGAAUGUACAUCAACUACGCCGAUCCGACUAUGAAUCGAACCACGGCGCAGGAUGUCUACUACAGAAAGAACCUGCCGAAGCUGAGAGGGCUAAAGACCGAGCUUGAUCCCACCGAGCUCUUUUACUACCCGCAGGCUAUUCAGCCCAUUUGA